UCACAAUGAUAAGUGAUGCAAGAGGGCAAACGAAGGGAAGGGGGUGGGUGGCUGUUGGCCUUGGGGUUGGGUAACCGCAGUCGGCCUCUUCCUCCAGCGGGACCCUGGAAACUGGAAUCAGUCGAUGCUCUAGUGCAGUCCAGAUCACAAGGCGUCCGCGGCUGGCGACUGAGACUACGAGACAACGUUGAGGUUUCAAAGAUCACACUGAAGGAUCUCAUUAGCAAGAUGAAGUUAUCUGCUCUCCUGCUGUUGGUCUCCUUAAGUCUAACGGCUGCCAUCGACUGCGCGAACAAUGAGAUCGCCUGCUCCAACGGCGAGAAGUGCAUUCCACAAAGCUACAUCUGCGACGGUUUCGUUGACUGCACCGACGCUUCUGACGAAGACCCGGAACUCUGCAGCACAUGGAACAAAGCCCUAUGCCGUACUACCUCCGUCAGUUGCUUCAGAGACGGGGAGACGAAGUGCGUUGAAAUCUCCGAGUACUGUAGCUCUGAAUAUCCCAGCUGUGAAAGCGAACUGGACCCGCGAGUUUGUUCGAUGAUUGUGAGCAACUUCUCUUCACAAGGCGCAAAUGUCGAAAAGUCCAGGGAGCUGAUAAGUAGAUUUGGGUCUGUUCUUCAUAAAACCAUCCGUCACGAAAGCUGCCCUAAACUAUAUACCCUUGUUGGAGACCAGUGCCUCUCGGUUUUCUACGUCGGCAGUGUGAGCUGGGGCGAAGCUCGGGCUUUCUGUAAGGUCCUAGGCGGCGAUCUCUUGACGAUCAAGAACAUCACUCAGUUUGCAGACAUCGUCCAACACCUGCAGAGACUUGUGUUGCCAUCUAGCUUCUGGAUCGGGGGCUCAGUCCACAAUGACACUGUAGGGUGGACAUGGAUAGAUGGCUUCCCUAUGGAUAUGGGAUCUCCGUUCUGGGCUACAAGGUACACCCCAUUUUGCACAACGGCCAAAUUUGACGAAACCUGCUACCACUACUACCAGAGUCCUAAGGCGGUGCCCUUGGGCGAAUGUGCCAGCAUCUCUUUCCAACACUCCUACUACAUCUCUGACGAAGACUGCCUGAGGAAGAUGAGUCCUCUGUGCGUCUAUCAGGGAACCGAUUUCCCCAAAAGACCAGAGUAUUAAGAGCGAUUUCUUGAAUCCUGUGAAGGAGUCCUAGGAUCCUAAGGAAACGCCCUUGCAUUUUAAUUGCUAGUAUAGACCCUAAAGACGUGUCUUUAGAUCCUA